AUGUAUAAGCUGAUCUCCUGGUGUUUGCUUUUCAUAGGAUGCUUACAUCCUCUCCUCUCUCUGCCUGUCCCUGACUCCAGGGAAGAGACCCUGCAGCUCUCAGCACCUGAUGGAGAUGCAAGAUCAGCCUUGGAUGAACUGGAAAGAGUGUCCCUCCUGCAAAUGCUGCUGGAGAUGUCAGGCGCAGAGAGGGGUGAUGGUCUUAGGGAAGCAGGUCUCAGUACUGACAUUGCUAGCCCUAGAGGAAGUCUGAGAAAGUUUCAGGCUUUCUCUGGACAAGAUCUUAACAUUUUCCUGAGUCAUCUUUUGGCCAGAAAUAGGAAACAAGAUAAGAAGCGUGGGUCUCCCUCUGAAUGCUUCUGGAAAUACUGUGUCUGA